GGGCUGCCCAGCUGCUCUGGGUGUAGGCUGCAGAGGCUUUAAAGGGUCUGUGGGAGGGAGAAUUCCCAGGGGAGCUGCUGGCUGCAGACAUGGUGUGCAGUUUGCAUUUGCCCUCUAACUACUGGGAGGAGUCCUGCUUUGUCUAUAAAAAGCCACACUUUGCCAAACAGUGUAACAGAACCGAACUUAGGGACUCACUCACCCAUCGCAUCCCGGGAGAGAGGACUGAGCGCGGCCAUGUUCGGGAUUGGGAAGAAGCUCGCUGAGGAAGCUGUACAACAAGCUGAAAGUGCUGCACAGGUGGCAGUUGACACAGUGAACCAGACUGUGCAGCAAGCAGCAGAACAGGCUAAGAGUGCUGGUCAGAAAGCAGCAGAACAGGCUAUGAGUGCUGGCCAGAAAGCAGCAGAGCAGGCUAAGAGUGCUGGCCAGAAAGCACUUGAUGAAGUCUACAAAGUUGCUGAAACUGGUGAAAAAGCUGUAAAAAAUGUAGCAAACCAAGCAACUUCAUGGGGCAAAAGCUUUGGACAAUGAAGAUCAAAAUGUAUCACCACUGAAAUUUUUGUAAACAAGUAUCUACUACAUGUAUUCUUAAAUAAAGACAAUACUUACCCUCUG